UUGCCAUGACAUCAUAUGAACCAAGAAUUAUUUGAAUGUCUCUCCACUCUCCAGCCAUGAAACAAUCCGUGAAGCCAUUUCUCCAUUUCUGCAGACCCGUCUCCACUGCAUUUAACGCCAUCAAACUCCACCAGAAAACCACCCGAACACCCAUUCAUUCUUCCUUUUUAAUUGAUUCUGUUUCUACGCCCGAGCAGAAAUCACCAAACCCUGUUCAGCAACUCACCAAAACUGCAACCUCAUCUUCUCAGAUAAUCAAAAGCGUUGAACUAAAACCACCCAACUCAAUUCAAAUAAAGGCCUUUUCUUCUGUAACAUCGGACCCAUCUCAGAAACCAGAGGGUUCAAUGGGUUCUGAAUUCUCCCCUUCCAAUACCAUCCCUGUUGUUUCCACCUUCACUUCUCCUUUUGAGCAUUCUCCAUCAAUCGACGCGAGCUCUUCCAUAAGAAAACCACUUAGCCUAUGGCCCGGAAUGUAUAAUUCUCCUGUUACAAAUGCUCUUUGGGAAGCAAGAUCAAGCAUUUUCGAGAGGCUGAUCGACCCGCCCAAAGACGCUCCUCCACAGAGUGAAUUGCUCACAAAAACACCGGCACAGAGCCGGACCAGCAUUCUCUACAAUUUUUCCACUGAUUACGUCCUGAGAGAGCAGUACAGAGACCCAUGGAACGAAGUCAGGAUUGGAAAAUUGUUGGAGGAUCUUGAUGCCCUCGCGGGGACCAUAUCUGUCAAGCACUGUUGCAAUGAUGAUAGCUUAACAAGGCCUCUCUUAUUAGUCACUGCAUCUGUUGACAAAAUAAUUCUGAAGAAGCCAAUCCGUGUUGACACUGAUCUGAAAAUAGCGGGUUCUGUCGUAUGGGUUGGACGCUCAUCCAUCGAGAUUCAACUUGAAGUGACUCAACCUAUAGAAGAGAGCUCACAUCCUUCAAAUUCAAUAGCUCUUACAGCAAACUUCACAUUUGUAGCUCGUGACUCUAAGACCGGAAAAUCUGCUCCAGUGAACCGGAUUUCACCUGAAACUCAACAAGAAAAGAAGCUUUGGGAAGAAGCAGAGGCAAGAAAUAAGUUGAGGAAAUUGAAGAGAGGACAACAUAAAAAGGACCUUGCAAAUGGGGAGGUUGAUCGGCUUGAAGCUUUGUUGGCUGAAGGACGAAUCUUCUGUGAUAUGCCAGCUUUGGCGAACAGAGAUAGCAUUCUUAUGAGGGAUACCCGCCUUCAGAAUUCUUUGAUUUGUCAGCCACAGCAAAGGAACAUGCAUGGUCGAAUAUUUGGAGGGUUCUUGAUGAACAGAGCAUUUGAGCUGGCAUUCUCAACAGCUUAUGCCUUUGCUGGCAUGGUGCCCUGCUUUCUAGAAGUUGACCAUGUUGAUUUCCUAAAACCUGCACAGCCUCUUUCAAAGGCAUACAUUUACUUCAAUCCAGGCACCUCAGCUCAGGUGGACGUUGGAGACUUUCUGCGUCUCAAAUCAUGUGUGCUCUACACAGAACUUGACAACCCGGAGCUGCCACUCAUCAAUAUUGAAGUAGUUGCUCAUGUUACAAGGCCUGAACUUCGAUCUAGUGAGGUAUCAAAUACAUUUCACUUCACAUUCACUGUGCGUCCAGAGGCCAUGAAAAAUGGACUGAGGAUUCGGAGUGUUGUGCCAGCAACAGAAGAGGAGGCACGGCGGGUGCUUGACCGCAUGGAUGCUGAGAACUCGCAAUUCAUUUACUAAUUAGUAAAUAUACCUUGCGAUAAGAGAAAACAAGAAUUUACAAGAAUACAUAUAGGAUUUUUUAUUGCAGAGGCCUCAAGCUCUACAUUCACAUUGAAACAUCUUGAAGAUGAAUGGGAUGUAUGUAGCACACCUGCAGUAUUUUGUCUGCCGACAGUAAAAUUAAUGGAAUUUUCUUCUGAUUAUAGGAAUUGAUCUUAAUCCAA